AUGGCAACUGCAAAACAAACAUUACAUUUGGAGUCAGCUGAUGUUGGGAAAAUGGUGGCUUUGCAGUGUGUCUGUCAAGACGAUGCAGCAGUGAUGUUUUACUGGUAUAAACAAAUUCUAGGAAAGAGACCAGAGCUUAUGUGCUCGUUUUACAAGCAUCUCAAUGAGGCCAUCUUUCAGAAUGAAUUUAACCAUUCACGGUUUUUGCUGGAUACUGGGAACCAGAGGAACAUUAUACUGAAGAUAUCAGAUUUGAGAAUGUCAGACUCAGCUUCCUACUACUGCGUAAAGAGCAAUUUAAAUGAGUUUGAGUUUUGUGAGGGAACUUCAGUCAGUGUAAAAGGUUCAGGUUUAAACAUCCAAACUCUGGUCCAUCAGUCAGCAUUUGGAACAUUUCAGUCAGAAGUCUCCAUGACUCUGAAUUACAGAGUUCACACUUGGACCUGUGAUGCAGAGCACAGUGUUUACUGGUUCAAAGAUGCAGACGAAUCUUAUUCAGGACUCAUUUACACCCACGGAGGCAGGAAUGAUCAGUGUGGGAGAAAUCCUAACACACAGACAAACACCUGUGUGUACGAUCUGCCAAUCAAUGUGUCAGAYGCUGGAACCCACUGUGCUGUUGCUUCAUGUGGAGAAACACUAUUUGGGAAUUGGACCAAACAAGUCUCUAAUGAUGGAGCAUUCCCUCUUUUUUUCAUUUAUCUGUUGAGUGGAGCUUUGGCUUUUACCACCUCAGUGGUUGUAUGUCUCACUGUCUCAGUAUUUAAAAUGAGCAAAAGACACAGUCAGCAGACAGUAUUUAAUUUUUGUCACCAGCUGCAGCAAAGUGGAGAGAAUGUUCAAUACGCUGCCGUGAGGUAUUCUGACAGCAGAGUGUCAAGAGAGACAGACGACACCUUCAGUGAAUGUUUCUAUUCCAGCGUGAAGCAGUAG